AUGGAAGGUAGCAAGCUAGCGAUACCCCUCUUAGCUCUUCGCCCCUUAGAAGACCGCAGCGCUGCUGCUCGUCAGCCUGAAGCUAUAUUUGCUGCAAGAGAGCAGCAGCAGCAGCAGCAGCAGCAAACGCUGUUGCUGCUGCAGCAGCAGCAAACGCGGAGUCAGGAUUCUGCAGGCUGCACGGCUGCAUCGCCACCGCCGCCUACUGCUGCUGCUGCUGCUGCUGCUGAUAUUACUUCUGGUGUCUGUGCAGCGGGAGGUGCAGACAGCUGCAGCAGAAUAACUAAAGAGAGAGCACCUCUUAGCUUUGCUGCUUCUUCCUUGCAUGCACUGCUGCAGCUGGAGGAUAAUGGGCCUCCGCAAAAGGACAGCAGCAGCAGCACUGGGGGUGCAGCUGCUGCUGCACGCAGCAGCAGCAGCAGCAGCAACAGCAACAGCAGCAGCAGCAGCUCAUUGCUGCUGCAAGACUCCCUUGGUGUUGCUGUGUCUCCUGAAGCAGGUUAUGUCUCUUCUCCUUUUGCUUCUGGUUCGCCCACUGAAGCACCUGAAGGCGUUAUGUUAACCCGCAGCAAACAAAGCCCUGCUGCUGCUGCUGCUGCUGCAGCAGUUCAAAUGUCUCUCUCAACUCCUCUCGAUAGAUUCUUUGAUGCCUUUGAUGGUGCUGGUGUGCCGCUCGUAGCAAGGAUAUGCGAGCAGCAUGCUGCUGCUGCUUCUGCUGCUGCUGCUGCUUCUGCUGCUGCUGCUGCUGACGACGCCGCCUUCCCUCUAAGCAUUCACGAGGGGGCUCUCAAACCCAGCAGCAGCAACAGCAACAGCAGCAGCAGCAGCAGUAGCAGCACGACUACCACCGCCACAACAACAACUGUUGCUGCUGAUGCAGCACCAAGCAGCUGCGCAUUUCCGCUUAAAACAAAUGAUGUAUUUUAUGCGAGAGAAGAAGAAGAGUUGCUGCAGCCUCGGCCUCUUAUAUCUGGGAGCAGCAGCUGCUACAACAGUAACUGCAGCAGCUGCAGCAGCCAGGCGGGGGAUAUCCCUGCUGCAGCAGCAGCAGCAGCAGCAGCAGAACAUGAUGCUGGUUUUGUUGGAGGCCUUAGGGACUCUCCUGAGGUGUCUAGGAAGCUGCAGCAAAUAGACAGCAGCAGCAAUUUUGACGCUGCAGCAGCAGCAACAACUGCAGCACCAUCACCAGCAGCUCCAGCAGCAGCCCCAGCAACCUCCUCCUCCGCAGCAGCAGCAGCAAAUGAAGAUAAUAUGAAUGGAUGUGAAGCAGACAGACUCUUAAUAGACUUUCAGCUGCUGCUUAUUCUUUUGUUUGAUCAAAUUUGCUGCAUCAUCCCCGGCCUUAAGAAGCAAGACAGCGGGGCUUUCUACUCUCUUCACCUGCAGCGGCUUGCUGCAGGUGCUCUUCAUCCUACACUUAUUAAUUAUGCUGAUAUUCUGCUGCCUAUCUGCAGCGCAACUAACUUCUUCUCCGAUCGCAACAGCAGCAGCAGCAGCAGCAGCAACGGUGCUGCGGGAGGGGAAGGGGGUGAUGCUGCUGUUUGUGCAAUGAGCAGCAGCAGCAAACCGGAUCAACAGCAGCAGCAGCAGCAGCAGCAGGAAAGUAUAUUGUUGACAGCCUUACGAUAUCUAGCAAGACACGGCACUGUUGCUGCUGCAGCAAUUGCUGAAGCUGUAUCCAACUGCCCUGCUGCAGUCUUCAUUCAGGUAGUCUCUGCGUUAGAGUGUCUGUACAGCUUACAUCGCGUGCUGUCUCCAUCAAGUGCUGCAGCAGCAGCAGCAACAGCAAAGAUUAAUAAAGAGUUAGAUCCCAAAGCAAUCUGGGGGGAUACGAGUGCUGCUGCUGCUGCAGCAGCUGCAGCUGCAGCAGCAGCAGCAGCAGGGCCCGAACAGCAACACCAGUUGCAGCAGCUGCAGCAGCAGCAGCAGCAAUUAGUAAAGGCUUCGCCAGCAGCAUUUGCUGCUAAAGACUGCUCUUCUUCUUUGUUUGGGUCUGACUGGAGAGAAGAUCUAAGGUUAACUUCAGCUGCCUCAUCAUCGUUCUCUUCUUUAGCUGCUGCUGCUGCUGCUUCUUCUUCUUUUAGGCUUCCCCCUACAAGCCACACGAAGCAUCUCUCGCGCACAACUCCUGCAGCAACAGCAACACCAGCAGCAGCAGCAGCAGCAGCAGCUGCUGCUGCUGCUGCUGCUUGUGAAGGGGGCGAAGUGCUGCAUAAGCUUCACUGCGAGCAGCAGCAGCAGCAGCAGCAGCAGCAGCAACAGCAGCAACAGCAGCAGCAACAGGGGACGCGCAAUGCAGGGGCGAAAACAAACUCCGCAGCACAUACUUUUCCUGCAGAUGCUGCUGCAGCGCGCCAACAACAGCAGCAGCAACAGCUGCAGCAGCAGCAGCAGCAGCAGGAUCCAGCAGCAGCAGCAGCAGCAGCAGCAGCGGCAGCAGAAGGCGAAAGCGAUUCUUUUAGCUCUUCCAGUGUACGUGCGAGGAGAAAGAGGUCAGCCGAGGGAGACAAAGGGUUAGGAGAUGCAUUAGCACAGCUGGCAGCACUGCAGCAGCAAGUUGCUGCUACUGCUUCUUCUUCAGCAGCAGCAGCAGCAGCAGCAGAAGCAGAAGCAGAAGGCGCCCCGCAUGAAGGGCCGCUUAAGACUCAUGGAUACGGCCUUAGAAAAGCAGCAGCAAAGAAGAUGCGUUCAAACUCUGCUCUAAGCAGCAGCAGCAGCAGCAGCAGCUGCAGCAGCAAAGGCCGCACACGACUGACACCAGUAAAAGGAAGCCCCCCGCAGCAACACAGCCGCAUGCGAGCAGCAGCAGGAGGUGCAGCAGGAGCAGCAGGAGCAGCAGGAGCUUCUUCUUGUUCCUCUUCUCCUGCUGCUGCAUCUGCAUCUGACGACAUAACAUCACCUCCUUCACCGCAGCAGCAACAGCAGCAACAACAGCAGCAACAACAUCAGCAGCAACAGCAUCAGCAGCAACAGCAGCAGCAGCAACAAGAGCAAGAGCUAGCUGCAUGUGCUGCAGCAGCAGGCCUGCAUCCCGACUUAGCUGAGCAGCUAUUAAAGCUAGCUAACGGCGGCGCAGAACGGCAUUCGCAGUUAUCGUCAACAAUGCGAGGAGUGUUCUUUAAUAAGUCUUUAAACCGCUGGGUUUGUACUUGGUCGAGAAACGGGAAGGAGUAUCAACGCUCGUGGUCUGCAGGGAAGUAUGGAUAUGAGACAGCGCGAGGCUUGGCUAUGCACUGUCGCUUAGAAAAAUUAUUAAGCGGUGAAGCACAUACACUGCAGAAGGGCAUGCUAGCUGUAUUCAAGCCG